ACAAUCCAAACACUCAGGUGAGUCGAUCGAUCUGCAGACCAGGAAACGCACAGCUCUGCGCGCAGGGAGGUCUGACGCUCAAAGGCGCAUGGACGCUGAAGACGCCCGUCCUGUCACACCUGUAGGAGCACCGUUCCUCGUCCACGCAGAACCACCGCAUCACAUUCAAAAGGACUCGGGGGGAAAAAAAGAAGGGGAAAUGAAGCUCCAGAUAUUGGUACCGGUGGCGAUACUUCUUUGUGUCGCGUUGUUUGUGCUCAUAAAAGUGCGCAAAACCGAGGUGGACAUGGAAGCGAAGCGCAGCAGGUUUCAGAACACCAAGCUGCGAGUGACCGACGACGUGCUGCGGGAGUACGAGAGCGACAAGGUGGAGACGCAGAAGAGGCUGGAUAAGGUCGCAAUUGACAGCAAGACGCUGGAGGACGAAGCCAACAAGCUCAAACAGAAGGCGGAUGAGGCGAAGGGCAAAGCGGACGCGUGCCAGGGCAGCAAGAAAUCUGGAGUUGAUGAAGCGGCAAAAGUGGAGACACAACUCAACACUCUCAAAGCUGAAACAAAUAAAGAAAAAGAGAAGUGGGCGAAAGAGGUGGAAACGCUAAAACAGUCACUGAACAGCCGGAGCCCAGUGUGUGACUUUUUAAAGCCAGACGCUCAAGCAGGGAGCAAACUGUGCGCCGUUGAGGGGAAGAAAGAAGAGCCUAAAAAAGAAGAGCCUAAGAAAGAAGAGCCUAAAAAAGAAGAGCCUAAAAAAGAGGAGCCUAAAAAAGAGGAGCCCAAGAAAGAAGAGCCUAAAAAAGAGGAGCCUAAGAAAGAAGAGCCUAAAAAAGAGGAGCCCAAGAAAGAAGAGCCUAAAAAAGAAGAGCCUAAGAAAGAAGAGCCAAAAGCUGGGGCACCUAAAAAAUAAGAGCCUGGAAAAUCUUCUAAGAAGACGUGAAGUAUUUAAAACUAUCCAGGGUUCACUGGGUCCAUGAUACGUGUGGCAUUAAAAGAACAUUUUAGAGAGAUGAGUCAUGGGACAUGUGUCCUUUAAUGCAACAUGAUGCGUUCGGGUGCAGGGCAUAUGUUGGUGGGUGUAACACAUAUUGAAUGAGAGGGUUCUGUUUUAUAUUUUGUGCUAGUGUCAAGAGGUCAUUGACAUUUGUGGUAAGUGCCUGUACUGUAACGGGAGUGUGGCCUGAAACACCUGGAGCUCUCAGCCUCAUGGUGCCCGUCACCAGCUAAAGCGCCUCCUGCAACAUGUCUGCCAUAAAUGAGGUUUGAAGAGAGUGGCACAAAGGUAAUUCACAACCAUGAGCUAACUUUGCCCCUGACAUGAAUGUUCUGACUCUGUAACUUAAAUAAAGGUUUUGAUAACAUAAUAAAUAAAAAAAUGGCCAUCUA